GGCGGGGCUAGAGGCCGGGGUCGCUCCGGAUCACGCUGUGCACGUUGUGCUUCCUGUUGUCACCUCGCCGCUCGCCUCCGCGUUAUACACCAUGGAUGCCAGAAGCUUUCCAAAUCCUUUUUUAUAUCAAGAUUACAGUAAAGAUCCUUCACCUCCCUUCAAUUCAGCUGGACAGCUGACUCCUGGCUUUGUCAACCUCUUGAAUGGCAAGAUUAAAGAACUACUGCAGUUCAUGGAAGCUGGACUAAAAUCUGCAGAUCCUAGAGAUUUUACGGUGUACACUGGCUGGUCUGGAAUUGCUCUCUUGUAUCUUCACCUCUCUGAUGUGUAUAGAGACCAGUCGUUCUUACUAAGAGCACAAGAAUAUGCUUCCAAAGCAUUGCACUGCUUGAACAAUCGAGAUAUCACAUUCCUCUGCGGUGAUGCAGGCUCCUAUGCAGUAGCUGCUGUCAUUUUAUAUAAGUUGGGGUCACAUAAGGAGGCAGAUGAAUGUAUUUCAAGAGUGCUCCAGAAGCAUUCCUCUGUGAUGAGAUUGGAGUCCCGACUACCAGAUGAGCUCUUGUAUGGCCGUUUGGGAUACCUCUACACCUUGUUGUUCAUUAACAAGCAUUACAAGGGAGAGAAAGUUCCUUAUGGAUACAUCCAAGAGGUAUCUGACAUACUGAUAAAAUCCGGUGACAACUUUGCAACUCACAAGCGCGUGAAAAAUCAAACCCCGCUGAUGUACGAAUAUUAUGGAGAGUACUAUGUAGGACCAGCCCAUGGUUUCACAGGCAUUUAUUACUACUUGAUGCUGCCCGAAUGUCAUGUCAGUAGUGAGAAACUACAGACCCUUGUUCGUCCAAGUGUGGAAUAUGUCCGCCAGAUCAAGUAUCCUUCUGGAAACUAUCCUGCCUGUAUUGGGGACAACAGGGAUCUUCUGGUACAUUGGUGUCAUGGAGCCCCUGGUGUCAUUUAUAUGUUAACACAGGCCUGCAAGGUUUUUCAGGAUCAUAACUAUCUAGCAGAUGCUGCACAGUGCGCUGAGAUCGCUUGGCAACGGGGAUUAUUGAAGAAGGGAUAUGGUAUAUGCCAUGGAGCAGCAGGAAAUGCCUAUAGUUUCCUAGCAAUGUACAACCUGACUCAUGAUUUGAGAUAUUUGUACAGAGCAUGCAAGUUUGCGGAGUGGUGUAUGAGUUAUGGAGAGCAUGGUUGCAGGACUCCGGAUACUCCAUAUUCUCUUUUUGAAGGGGUGGCCGGAACCAUCUACUUUUUGGCAGACUUACUGGAUCCUGCAAAUGCUAGGUUUCCUGCUUUUGAGAUAUAGCUCCUGUUCCUUUGCUUUGUGCGAUGUUUGACAUGCAAGAGGAGUCUGUUAAUGCCUUCAGUACGUAGAAUACUUCCUUCAACUUCUUGACAAACGACAAGGUUCAUGGAUGUGAUGUCUUUCAGUGGAUAUGACGGCUGACAUAAUUCUGCAGCUCUUUGUUAGCAUGACAAUGCUUGUCAAUCUCCCUACCGCACAGCAGCAGCCUUGCUUCUCGUUUCAGUGGAGAAGAUAUUAAGCAGUGAUUGUUCUGCACAGGGCGCUAUGUCGUCUUUUUUUCUCUUAUUGCUGUUAUUUAAAUACUUCUUGCUUUUUUCCACCCCUCACAUGGACUUAAUGCAUAGUAUAGUAUAAUGUGGUACAUGUGAUUCAGGAAAAAAAAAAAAAACUGUACAAAUAGUUGAGCGUGAACAAUAUUUGUGUUUGGAGUACAUCAAGUUUUUGUAUAGUGUUAUCUUGAAAGACAGAUCAGAACUGGAGAGUUCAAUAUUCCAAAAUUAUGUUUUUGUGAACUUAUUUUGAUAAUUUAGUUUUUGACCUAUGAUGUAAUAUAAACAGUAUAUAACAGUGCAUCGUCUACAGCUCACCGAGCUAACAUAGAGACAGCAUGAGUAUAUGAUGGUUGUCGGUGCACAGAUGCUGUCUUGGACAAGGCAGCAUUGAUAAUCCUGGAGUUUAAAUUGGGUCCAACCCUAAAGGUAAAAGAAAUUAACCUUAUUCAAUAUUUUAAAAAUAAGGUCAGUCUGCUGGUUCCUAGAUCUGGGUCAAAACAGGUCAGUCCUAAGAAACACUUCAAUAUUGUGGUGCAACAGUGUUACAGCGGUUGGGCAUAAUAACCAGACCACCUUGUUUUUACAUAGUCAAGUUGAUCUCUUCCUGACACCACUAUCACCAGUAAAGCACAGUUGAUAAAAAAUAUUUGUGCUAUUCUAAAAAAAAAAAAUUGUUGUUUUAGGGACUGUGGUCAAAAGUCACAGCUUGAUACAAGGAACAGAAGAACACUUCAAAUUUUAGCUACAAAACUACAGCCCCUCAAAGUACUGCAGAGUUGAAGGCAAAGUUAACAGCACCAGAGUAAAGGACACAGUAAGGCUGGGUUCACACCACGUUUUUGCUAUACAGUUCCCGUAUCAGGUUUUUGGAUGAAAAUCUGAUUCCUCAAAACCUGACUAAACUGUAUAAAAACGUGUGUACAAAAUUUAACCCAUAUACGGUUAAAAACCAUAUAUGGUUUGAAUAAUGAUGUCCGGUUGCAUCCGUUUUUAAGAAAAAAACAUAUAUGUUCUUUAACUUUUCACGUAUACAGUUUCCAUAUGGUUUUUCACCCAGACCAAAAUCUGUGGUAGGCUGUGGUUUUGGGUACAGGAACAAAGACAAAACUGUACAAGACACAAAACUGAUGUAACUGGAUGCAUCAUUUGGCAUACGGUUUUCAAUGGAGAGUCAAUGCAUACAGUUUUCAAUACAGUUCCAUAAGUUUUUUUAAUUGAAAACAUAUACUGGAACUGUGUUGCAAAAAACGUGAUGUGACACGUUGAUUUGUAGCCAAAAAACUGUGCUUUUCAGUCGCCCGUGUCCAGCUUAGACUUUCCACCACAUGUACAGCAAUCUGUAUGCACCCUUUCCUUCUCGAAAUAAUUCUACUAGAUGAGAAUACCACUGGAGGUCGUUAUGUGUUGAGCACCAUAUUUUUUUUCCUUUACAGAUCCUUUAUGAAUAUGCAUAUAAAGUAUGAGGAACAUCUGUACCGUAUGGAUCUGUAACAGUCUAGAUAGCAUAAAACAGAUUAGUACAACAUGUAUAUGUCCGUAUGCCUCUUCCCUUUUAAUUCAUCAACAAAUCAAUCACAGCAUUUAUACUGCUUAGGUUACAGUAAAUAAGGUAUCUAAAUUUUGUAGAUAAAAGGAUUUGACUUUAAAGUCAUGUUCUGCAGAGCUCUGUAUUUUAUCGCAAUGUUAAUGACAAAGCUAUAGAAAUUGCUGUAUAUGGAAUUGCUUAAAAUGCACAGUUAAAAUGACUUUCUGCUGUGACUUACAGUAAGUAACCUUUUAUUCUCAAAGGGUACCUAUCAUUUGGACACGGCUCGCAGCUCCCAGCGGCGCCUUAAAGUGAGCAGUAUAUGGAAUUGAUGGAGUUCCAUAGGCUUGCAUUGCUAUGCAAGUGUAUGGGGCUCUCUAAUUCCUCAUACUGCUUGAUUUAAAUAUUAGAAUUUCAAUUUACUCUUUUAGAAAACCUAAAAUUGAUACAUAUUUGUGGCUUUUUUUUUCUGCACUAAAAAUCCUUUACAUGAUGCCAAAAAUGAUGGAUGUUAAUAAAUUAAAUACAGUAUAUUUGUAGUAGUGUUGCCCUCACCAUGUACAGUCACUCACCAAUAGCCCUUUAAACAUUUUAAAUUUUUUAUUUUUUUUUGCUCUUCCAACGUUUUUUUCAUUUGUUUUUUCAAGCGGUAAUUUAGGACUUCAAAACCGAUGGCCUAAUGAAACAGUUCCACUAAGUAAAGGGAUUUUUAGGUACUGUUCUGGUUUUUAUUUUAAAGACCAGCAGAUGGCAGAAGAAAGUAGAUGUUGUUAGGUAUGACACUCCAGGCAGGGCACAUCCACAGUGCUCACAUUGCCGUAUACUGUGAGCAGUGUUUCUAGGCGUUCACCAAUUAAAAGGUAUCAUUGACUUAAACGGCAGUCUGUCUACAUAAUUUUUCUACUACGCCUUUGGUAACCCUGUCAAAUAAUCUUACAAACCUACAUCACAUGCAUUCAUUUUUCGGUUAUAUUUAAUAAGUGAUAUAGUGUAAUUUACCUAUUAACAAUUCCACCCAGGCUUGAUAAAUUGAUGAACUAAAGAAGUCUAUUCUUGCACAUCCUCCUGAUGUUUUCUUAAUUUCAUCCAACAUUAAAGAUGUUGGAAUAAAUUAAAGUUCCCUGGACAUUUCUUUUAGGAAUAGGACAUUUUUAUAAUAAACAUAAAUUUAUCUUGGAAUUCUA